UGGCUUAGAAAAAGAUAUGCAUUAAAAAAGAUUGUGUGUAUUAUAGCUUAAUUUUGUGCCGAUAUUUUCAGUUGUCUAUGUUGGCCCCCCAAACAUGACAUCCUGGUAACCCCUCUGUUGUUCACUAUAAGUCAAAGUGAACCACAACUAGUAAGAACAAUAACAUAACACUGUUUUUCUUUUCUUUUUUGUCUUGGCUUAAAGAUGUAUCAGAAAACGCGCAACGUGAUUCCUCGCACUCACAACGCUCCACUCGCUUCUAGUUUAACAGAAGAGAAAAGAAAGCAGCUCUGUGGUUUGCUGGGGAAUGUGGAGCUGACUCUUCUCUACAAAGCUUCAGUCCAUGGAUAUCAAGCUUCUGCCUUCCAUCAGCGAUGUGACCGUCAGGGUCCCACCUUACUUGUAGCCUACAACCAUUCAGGCUACAUCUUUGGUGGAUACACUAGUGUAGAUUAUACUCAAAGUGGUCAGCAAAUUACAGAUGAGAAAGCUUUUCUGUUCAGCUUUCAAGGAGGAGUUCCUUUUCGCAUCAACAUUAACAGUGAAUGUUUUGCACGCUAUGAUGAUGCUACAAUGCCCAGCUUUGGCGAACGAUUGUUCUUUUGCUACGGAAACCAACCAGUUGUGCAUCAUGAAAGAGGGGCUGGAUCAUAUUAUACAGCAAGGCUUAAUGCAUUCGAUUUUAGUCCUGCCACACUAUAUGGGAAUGACACUCAACUGACUGAAUGCGAGGUUUACAAAGUGGAACAAGGUACAGCUCCUCAGGUCAGUGCCCAGAUGAAGCCAUGGAGGAAUGUUCUCUGGACAGCUAAACGAAGAGCAGAGCUCAUGGAAAUGAUCAGGAAUUAUAAACCCCUGGUGCCGUCUGUGAGUCGGGUCAGAAUCCUAAUGAUCGGUCCUGUAGGUGCUGGGAAAUCCAGUUUCUUCAACUCCAUCAACUCCAUCUUCAUGGGCCGCAUUACCAGCAAAGCCAUGUCAGGAUCUGCAGGCACUAGUCUCACCACACAGUUUCGCACAUAUCCAGUGAAAGACGGUCGUGAGGGAAAACCAUUGCCGUUUGUGUUGUGUGACACCAUGGGACUCGAGGAGCAAACCGGUGCAGGACUGGAUAUUGAGGACAUCAGCAGCAUUCUUCAAGGUCAUGUUCAAGACCGCUAUAAAUUCAACCCAACAGAACCGUUUCAACCUGAUGAGCAAAAGGCCUCCAGACCUGCCUCUCUACAGGAGAAGAUCCACUGUGUGGUGUAUGUGAUAGACGCCACCAAAAUCUCCCUCAUGUCCGACAAACUACAGGAAAAACUUGCUUCCGUACGCAGAAAAGUGAACUCACUGGGCAUUGCUCAGAUCGUCUUGAUGACAAAAGUAGAUGAAGCAUGUCCUCUAGUGGAGAAGGACCUUCAAAACAUCUAUCUCAGUCCCUACAUCAAGUCCAAGGUGCAGGAGGUGAGCUCUCGGUUGGGUGUCCCGGUGUCUUGUGUGUUACCGGUGAAGAACUACAGUCAGGAGCUGGAGCUGGAGCUCAACUGUGACGUCCUGCUGCUCACCGCUCUACAACAGAUGCUCAACUUUGCAGACGACUAUCUGGACGAUGUCUGUCCCUUGGAGGACAAUCCCAAAUAAAGUGCUGUGUAUUAUAUAAAGAAUAGGAUAUUUACUUCUUGAUAAUAAGAUAUCUUAAGAUUUAAUAAUUUUAUUCUGUUCUGUUUGCCUGCUCUACUUCUUUUAUAGUCAAAAAAUACAUUCAAGAAAAUGCAAAUAUGGUAGUUAUAUCAAUUUCAUGUAACAUUAUAACCAUUGUUACUUUUGUUAGUUUCUUGUUUACUGUUGUUCCAUGAUCAGGUUUAUAGUAUAACUAGAAUGAUGUGUUAGUACUAGAAAAGAAUUGGAAAACAUGAAUAAUUCAAGAAGCUACAUCUGUAUAGCCAUUAUAUAUACAAAGAAAAAAAAUUUUUUUAUAAAGAGAGUUUUUUAGAUUUUGUGCUUUAAGCUCAAAAGUUUCGUUGUGCAAAGAAUAUAAAACUGAAUAAUACUAAAAAUAAAGUAAUUAAUU